AAAAUAUAUUUAUUAAAUUAAUUAAUCUGACAGCAUAAAAUACAAGAUCACUUUCUGUAAAAAUCUUGUUUAUCACUUUUUAUUCUUUUUCAACAGUGUUCUUUUACGUACUCACUCAGCCUUUUCCACAUAUCUCAAACACCCUACUUUCUCUCUCUUCUCUCUCUCCUCUCUCUCUCCUACAAAUUUAGGAUUUCUCAUUCUUGAAAUUAAGUGGGAAAACAAAAUGGGAAGAGCUACAAGGUGGUUGAAGGGCCUGUUUGGAGUGGAGACUAAAGAAAACGACAGAAUGGAAUAUUCCGUUGUUCACCGGUGGAGCUCCGGCAAUUCGGUACGGGGCCCCAUUGUUUUGUGCCGGAAUCCGGCGACGAUACCGCCCAACAUUACUCCCGCCGAGGCCGCUUGGCUCAGGUCUUUCUACUCCGAGCCCGACACGGAGCAGAGCAAGCACGCCAGGGCGGUGGCUGCCGCCACGGCCGCCGCGGCUGACGCCGCGGUUGCCGCAGCUCAAGCGGCCGCGGAGGUGGUUCGUCUCACUAGCCACGGCCGCGGCCGCGAAAAGUGGGCUGCUGCUGCCUUGAUUCAGAGAGUGUUUCGCGGACACCUGGCCCGAAAAGCACGGCGGGCUUUAAAGGGGCUGGUGAAGAUUCAGGCGGUGGUGAGGGGGUUUCUGGUGCGUAAACGCGCCGCCGCUACUCUUCUCAGGAUGGAAGCGCUCGUUAGGGCACAAGCUAGUGUACGGGCACUGAAAACUCGCCGGAAAAUCAACGACGGCGGCGGAAUUUUUCCUCCUCCGUUUCAGGCCCGCCGGAAAAUCAACAGCGGCGAACAAAGCUUUCCUCCUCAAUUACAAGCCCGAAAAUCCUUGGAAAAAUUCGACGAGAAUGAAUCAGUGGAUAGCAGAAGGCUUUCGUCGUCGUACGACAGCCCGAAAAUAGUGGAGGUGGAUACGGGGUGCUGGCCGAAAUCGAGAUCCAGCAGGCGAGCCGCCAACAGCAACAACACGUGGAUGUCGGAUUCCGGCGACGAAUCGCCGGCGAAAGUGACGUGUUCGCCUUUCCCGGUUCGAAUACCAACACCCAGGACGAGCCAGAACACGGCGGAGCUAGAAUGGGGAAUCAUCGGCGGCGGCGGCGGGGACGAUUACAAGUACAAGUACAACGCCGCGGCGACGGCGCAAAGCACGCCUAGAUUCGCCACCUAUUCGGCCGUCGCCGGAGCAGCUACGCCGGCGAGGAGCGCCGGAGAAAGCCAUUACAUGGUGAAAACGCAGUCGUUUAAGGCGAAACAGAGGUCGCAGAGUGCUCCGAAACAGAGAACGGGCGAGCCCGGCCCGAAUAGAAGGAUUUCGCUCCAUGAAUUGAUGGGGACGAGAAAUCAGAAGCCGGGCCCACAAGCUGAAGAAGAAGAAGCCAUUAAUUUUAAGAACGCUGUAGUGGGGAAGAUUGGCUUCUCUUCUGGCUUUGUUAGGCAAUGAGACUUUUCACUAAAGAUUUUGGUUUAACAAUGUAAAAAAAUCUAUGGUUUUAUUUAGGGAUCUGAUAAAUGUUCGAUCGAGCUUUAAUAAUAUGGUUUCGAUUAUAAACACGAUUUUUAUUGUUUUGUAUUCCAAAUUUUGCGAAAUUCGAAACAUAGAACUUGUAGUUUUUUGAGGUA